AUGGUUGCCUCGCCUUGGUCUGACUUUCGCCAGCUUUGGAAGGAAAAAUGGUCUUCUUUGUUGCUUUUUACAAUCAAAAGUGGUCAUGUUGCCGACAACUUUACCUAUGACUUCGCUUGCCUUAUGUUUGGAUGGGUUCCUUUUCAAGAUUUUCGAGUAGUUUGGUAUAUGCAUGCGAGCCAAUACUACCCUGUCGUACUGAACCAACAAAUUAAAGUACAAAAUACUUUUGGUGUACAGAAUCGUCUCCAAGGUCUGAUUUCAAUGUUCCUUUGGUUAUGCUUGUGCAAGUAUUCUUUCCUUGAAAUCUUUUGUACACGCAGGUCCGGUCUGGUUGAUACAAAGACCGCGUCGCAGAAAGAUUCACUGAGGACGCUCGUGAACGGACUACAGGCGAUUCCCAUUGAUUACGUCCAGGAUAAAGAGGUUCAAUGCCUUGUUGAAUUUCUCGUAUCCCGUCUGGCGCUCGCCGAUCCCGACAUCAUCUGUACCAUUUUGGACGGGUUCCUCUGGCUCGCUCGAGCUGUCCGGACGAAUCGUACCCGAUUAUUGUGCUCCACUCAGGCAACCCACAUUUGCCAAGAUGGUUUAUUUGGCCAGCUGAUCAUCCAGUCGUUGACCAAAGCCCCACGCCUCCGUGUGUUUCGUUUGUUACAACUCCUGUUACACGGUCCACAUUUAUCAGGAUUGAAGACGAUGGGUCGGUCUUUUCUCGUCUCUUAUGUGCAGGCAGUUGAUGGAGAGAAGGAUCCGGAGUGCCUGACCAUCAUCUUCGACAUGCAUCUCGUUGUGAUAGCACAGUUCGAGUUAGAUGAAAUGCAAGAAGACUUUUUUGAGACCAUGGCUGCCUAUUUCCCCAUAAAUUUUACACCGCCUCCAGGGGAAACUGCGCCGAAUAUCUCGCGUGCCUCACUUUCCGAAGGUUUACAUCGAUGCCUGUUUGCUUCACGCACGUUCUCCGCGCCCUAUUUGCUUCCACUGCUAUGCGAGAAAGCCGAUUCUGAUUGGCCACAGGCUCAGUUGGAUUCUUUGUCCCUAUUGGCAGAUUGCCUGCACGGUUGUUUGGGCAGCACCGAUAUGCCGGGAGAGCUUCGAGGCCAAUCGAUUGCGUUGCACCACCUUACAAGCUACCUCAUUCUGAUCGCACAUGUAUUGGAAAAGAUGGCCAACAAAUCAAUUUCGCAUAAACUCGACAAGCUGACCCGGUCGUGUCUCACGGGCUUGAUUCAUGCCUACUCCAGUCAGACACGUGAUAUCCAUCUGCUAAAGAAUUUCGUUGACAUGUUGCUCAAAACCUUUGGAAUUGUUCUGGAUGAGGCAGAAAGGAAUGCUGCGGUGGGCAGUAUAUCGAGUCCUCCCAAACUCCCAACAGAUCAACUACGGAACUACCUACUGGAAGCGGUGAAUUAUUCGCAACCUGAUCCUCUCCUGUGUGGCCUACUGAUGGACCAUCUGCUACGUUUUACCUGUUCACCGUUGAUACAUUGGUCUUCCACUGGGACUGAUAGGAUCGAGGAUAUUGCAAACACUCGUUCAAAUACACUAAAUUUUAUUUAUGAAAAGCAUGGUCACAGAAAUAAAUAA